GGGGGCGCUCACGUGGAAGGGGGUCUGGGAUGGCACCCCGGGACGGGAGAGGUGGCCCGAAAGUUAGUUAAAGGGAGCGGCGGGCGGCCGGCAGCCGGAGUCCCGGGCGGCGGCGGCGGGCCGUGGGGCGGCGAGCGGGCUCCGGGCGCGGACGGACGGAUGCGGCUGCUGGUGGAGGGCACGGACCUGAGCCUCGGGCCGCGCUCCUGCUGCCGCUCCGGCUGCCCCCGCCACCCCGGCACCAAUGCGGCCGCGGGCUGGAGCCUCUGCGCCGCGGGGCUUAUGAGCUGCACCAGCGUCCUAGCCUGCUCCUCUAACCCCAUGAUGGCGGUGGACAUCGAGUGCAGGUACAGCUGCAUGGCCCCUUCCCUGCGCAGAGAGAGGUUCGCCUUCAAGAUCUCGCCGAAGCCCAGCAAACCCCUGAGGCCCUGCAUUCAGCUGAGCAGCAAGAAUGAAGCCAGCGGCGUGGUGGCCCCCGCCGUGCAGGAGAAGAAGGUGAAAAAGCGCGUGUCCUUCGCAGACAACCAGGGGCUGGCCCUGACAAUGGUCAAAGUGUUCUCGGAGUUUGAUGACCCGCUAGAUAUUCCGUUCAACAUCACCGAGCUCCUAGACAACAUCGUGAGUCUGACGACAGCGGAGAGCGAGAGCUUUGUGCUGGAUUUCUCCCAGCCCUCGGCAGACUACCUGGACUUCAGGAACCGGCUGCAGGCCGACCACGUCUGCCUGGAGAACUGCGUGCUGAAGGACAGAGCCGUGGCGGGCACCGUGAAGGUGCGGAACCUGGCGUUCGAGAAGACGGUGAAGAUCAGGAUGACCUUCGACACCUGGAAGAGCUUCACAGACUUCCCCUGCUGCUACGUGAAGGACACCUACUCCAGUUCAGACAGGGACACGUUCUCCUUCGACAUCCGCCUGCCGGAGAAGAUCCAGUCCUACGAGAGGAUGGAGUUCGCCGUGUGCUACGAGUGCAACGGGCAGACGUACUGGGACAGCAACAAAGGCAAAAACUACCGCAUCACCCGGGCGGAGCUCAAGUCCCCCCCGGGCCCGGCCGAGCCGCGCAACGGGCCCGAUCUGGGGAUCGCCUUCGACCAGUUCGGGAGCCCUCGGUGCUCCUACGGCCUGUUCCCCGAGUGGCCCAGUUACCUAGGUUACGAGAAGCUAGGGCCCUACUACUAGUGACCCCGUCCGUGCGCCGGAGCCCAGCCGAGCGGGUGCGAUCGAGCCCAGCUGCAGUCACAGCCAGCGGCACGGAGACGGGAAGCCGAGAGAAUAGCUGAACUGCCGGGAGGCACACUUUCCGAAGAAGAAAGGAUCCUGUUCACUUUUUCCUCCAGCCAGCACGUCCAGCCCGGCGGAGACCACACAACCAGGGCCACGCGCGGAGCGGCCGUGGCGCGCCGGUCUGCUCGGCACCCGUGGCAGCCCCGAGGUGCGGGCAGCAGGGUGCCAGGGAGGGUCUGGGCGGGAGCCAGGCCCGCAGGCCGUGCUGGCAAGGCCAGGGGACGGCGGACACGACCCAGAGGGGGCCCGGGCUGCGAGGAGGAGGAGGAGCGGCUUAGGAAAGUCACGUCACUUGAGUGUCACUCCCUCCGCAGCCGCUGCCCGGCCCCUGGCCGCUCUCUGGCUCCCCUCCACCCGGCCAGGCCUUCCUACCUCUUGCUGCUACACGUUCUUCACAUUUUGUCUCCAUGCCUUUUUUUUUUUUUUUUUUUUUUUUUUGGAGGUUUUCUUCGACACUUCAUCCGAUGUUCAGGAAAAGAUGCUAAAGGCAGAUCGGCCUGGGAGACAGGCAUUUCCUCUCGCUGGGCCCCCGCCGAGAGCAGCUCUGUGUGUAUUCCGGCCGGCGAUCCAGAGUCACCGGCGUCUGCCCUGGCAGCGGUGCAGAUCGCUGGCUCCCGACAGGCGGGACAGCCGCCAGUGGGACACGUCUCGCUUCUCCUCUUGGCUUUUGGGGGAGCUUUUUAAGCACUCAGACUCCCCCGGAGCCGCCAGAAGGCUCCCUGACAAGGGGCUGUUUCAACUCGCUCGGCCGGUUGGCAGGCGUCUCGUUCCUUAUACAAGGAUUUUAUUAGAUCGCCCCUUCUGCAGACUCAUCUUUUACACUGUUCAAGGACAUUUCGAUUGGCAGACCCAGUACAUCCUCAUCAGCCUCCCGAAAAAUGUGUGCUUUUAUUUUGACUGUGGUUUUCAGGACCCGGGACCUUUUACAAGCACCCAGGGACUUUGAUGUGGGUGUCCUUUGUUUAUGGGGUGUGAGGAUGUGAAAGGGGCAGAGGGGGAACACCCAAGCUCCCCCGUGUUUGCCGGCUCUGAAACAGCAGGCAGGGACUGUUCUCCACCAGGAUGGACAAAGACUUAAACGUCUGGUGGGUCAGGCGGUUGUGAGACUGCUGGAACGUGCCCUGUCCGAUGGCCCCCCCAGCUCCUGUGAUCAUUUUGGGGAGAGACUGGUUUGUACGUGGGGGUGUUGAAAAUAUUUUUACAUGUGUAUUUGUAGAAGGUUUGGGGUUUUUCUGUUUUUUUGUUUUUGUUUCUUUUUUUUUGAGAUUAAAUGAUUCUUUUGCCUGAUUUCCUAAAGGGAGGUUUUCCGAAGGGAGGCAGGAAGAGAGGGACGCACAGCUACUGGACUCUGCAGGCAGAGAGUCUCCUUCCGUUUGCAUUUUCCAAAUCGAUCAGGAAACACCUCCCGGCUUCUCCGUAGAUCCUGCCGGGCAUCGGGCAGGCGCGGAGAGUCUUGGCUCCCGGAGAUUGGUGGGUGGGUGUUUUAUUUUUUGGAUUUUUUUUUUAACUUUAAAAUGUUUUUGCUUUUUAAACACUCUGUAAGCUGUGUUUAAUGGCAUUCUUCUUUCUAAAACUGGCUGUUACUAGUCUGCCAUCCCGUGCCUUAUUGUUCACGAUGCCUCUCCCAGGUGGGCAGCACGGAGGGAAUGCCAUGACCAUGUAAUGUAUGGGAAAAUCACAUUUGCUCACGCCGACAUGGGGGGCAGAACUGUGUUUGAUCCAAGCAUGUCUUGCGUCAGGUGCACAGAGAGCACCUUGUGUCGCGCAUCUGGUGGUCAGAGCUAUGAAGAGUGUAAAUCUACAAUGAAUAGGAGCAAAGUGUUGAUUUUGUGUUAAGAACUCUCCCCGAUCCUCCUCCGCCUCCGUUUCAGGAAAGGUACAAGGUGCACUGUCGCUGACACGUUCCCCGGCUACGGUGAUGAGAUCAUCCUGUGCUCACGAGAAAGACGAGAAAGACACCUCAAGUCUACUUGUGUUUGGCUGUCAGUAACAGUGAUCCUAAGGCAUUCCUGUGUCAGAAUGUGAAAUAGGGUAAUUCAGUGAUAAGUAUCUCUUCUACAACAGCCCUAAACCCUCCCCCUCCCCUGCUUUGCUCCCAGCUCUCCCCAGAUAUUUUUGCUGGCGGCUCUGCUUGUACGUCCUCCCUCCCCCCUCCCCAGCCAGUGCACCUGGGACACUCACCCCACCGGGCAAGUCCUCACCGGCUUGCAAAGACCCUGCUCUCACUGAGGAAUCUGGUUGCCCGACUUCCCUGUCAGCAUUGCCAUUCAUGGAGGUGGGAGGAUCUGGAGAAGACUCUCCUUCUCACCAGGCAGUCCUCUUCCCAGAACAAGAGGUGCCUCUUCAUGGCCCACCCUCCGCCCCCAGGUCUGCACGCUGGAGAGAGGGACAUGUUCUCCGCUGCAGACCUCCCUGCAGCCUGACCUGCAGGUCUGGCCCUCAGACAGCUCUUGGUGGUGAUGACCGAGUCCCCCCCCCCCAGAAAGCCCAGCCUUCUGCUGCUGGUGUGGUGCUCCAGGAAUGGGCAAGCAGCUCCAUUUUGGUUUCCUAUUUAUUCCCCCCGUGCCCUGGGGAGCACUUGCAAAUUAGGUGCAAUAAAUAAGCUGGACUCUAUAAAGGUAGAAUAAACAAGCUUUCCGCGUUUCUCGGAAGAGACGAAGCAUUUGAGUGGGUUUCUCUCUCUCUCCUCUCUUGUUUAAUAUUCUUGUUCUAUGGGAGCUGGUGAGAAAUAGAGUUAUGUAGUUCUCUAGAAAUUUCAGAAUCAAGGUAGAAUUUAUUUUUUUUUUCUCUGAGAUGUAAUUUUAAUGGUGGCAAAAUAGGACUCUUUCGAUGUUUUGUAAAGAUGUGAAGUUUGAACUGCUAAAUGAAUUUGUGGUUUUGAUCUUUGCAUAUAAUCUGCUUUAUAAAAACAAGAAUCACUUUGUAGGCACUGGGAUAUAUAUAUAUAUAUAUACCCUCAAAAUGGUUUGUUCACUUUUUAGAAAUGCCUGUUUCUGGCUCUUAAUGGACAGUGAAUGGAAACCUUGGUGGUUUUUUCAUUUGUUUCCUCCUUUAAAAUUCCUCGAAUGGAUGUGUUUGCUGAACAGGCCUCAUGGCUCUGCUCUGGGAGGUCCCGAUCUCCUUCUCUCUUCAGACGUGACCGCUGAAUGGGGAGCGUGAAACUGACAGUGGGAUCUCACAGGGUCCUCCAGAGACAGAUUGGCAGCUACUCCACUUCCUGAAGUGGGACAUACCUGGGGCGGGGAAGGGUAGCUGUGGUUCUGGGCGGCUUUUCCCCACUGUGGUCGGAAAGCAUUGCAGCCCGGGUCGUAAAGCUGUGAAUGUUUUUUACAGUUUUGUUCUCAGUUCCUAGAGAUUGCUGGGGCAGGAGGGGGAGGGGGAGGGACUCCAGGAAUGCAGCUGUGAGGGUGAUGUUUCACUCUGAUGUCAAUGUGAAUGUCCAGCUGAAGUGACUCAGCUUCAUUUGACGCCUAAAAGUGCCUUGUCAAUAAAUUUCCACGUUUUGAAAAAUAAAUAAAUAUUUUUGUACACAAUGUUAAAGGGGAAAUGCACUUUAAAAAUCACAAGAAUGGAUGUAUUUGUGUGGUAUACAAGAGUGGUUUGUAUCAAAUGCAAAAACAUAAUAAAGGCAGAAAAAAACACAA